GUUCUGCAAUUCUUACCUGACGAGAUCUUGAAGACGCCUUCCAUUUCUCCGUACAUGCAAAGUGUUUGCACAUUGCUGGUGUUCCAAAACCACCCGUUAGCUGCACUGGAGAUAUACAAGUGUCUGCCGCUGCCUUCGUUUGGGCCGAAGGAUGACCAAGGUUUACAUGGAAGAAGUUUGGUUAGGGACUGCGUUAAAGCUGCCAUGCCUUCAAGCGUCAUAGCGCUCGUAACCCAAGAACUAAUGUCGUCCGGCCGGAACCCCAUAGCGCUCCACAACGCGUCCGAAGCAGCCCUACAGUUGGGCAAAGUGCCGCUGGCUUUAGACAUGUUCACGCGCAUGCAACAGCUCGGCCUGCCGAUCAGACCGCACUACUUCUGGCCAAUACUGCUGCAUAGCUCGAGGAGCUAUGGCGAGAAAGGUAUAAUGAACACCCUAAAAACAAUGGUGACCAUGGACGUCAAGCCAGACUACGAGACGAUAAUGGAGUAUACGUUACCGUACGUCAGUUUUACGUCACCCCAGAACCUGAUGAAGAAAUUCCUCGACACUGGACUCACUGUGAGCACGGUACUCACUCCAAUGAUGGACACAUUACUAAAGACUGGGCAAGUGAGAGCGGCUAGUGAGAUAUGCGAGCUAUUCGAAGGGAAAAUAGACGCCGAUAAGUUACUUAAACCCCUGCUUAGAGGUUAUCUGAUGAGUGGAGACGUGAAGUCUACGGUGUACAUACUAGAAGACAUCUUGAAGAAGGCUACAGACAAUAAUAAAGACUGGGUGGGCAGGUUCUUGUGUGUUUUUAUGCAGCACAAGAAAGUCGUUGAGGAUUUGACGGAAUUUAUGGAUUUGGCUAAGGCAAUAAAAGCGGCAAGACUGAAGAUAUCCACGUCAGCAUCAGACUACUGCAUGAGCCGUCUGCCGGAGAAGCACAGUCGCGACGCUUCCGCGGCGUUCCGCGACAUCCUCGUCGAGGUCACGGACGACAGGCUGGUAGAUGAGGGAGACUUGUUCGCACAACAGAUGCCGCAUCCAAAACAAAUGAACGAAGAGUCCUUACGCGCGCAUUUGAACGAGUUGGAAGCUAAGGGUAUGAACACACGCGGCGUGCUAAGGAAGUUGUUACAACAGUACUGCAGGGAUGGGAACUUAGCUGAGGCUAGGAAGAUAGCCGAAAAAUGCCAGAAGGAAGGGGUGUUUCUAUCAGCGGGCAUGAAGGCAGCCAUCUUUGACCUCCACGUGAAGCUGGGCGAGCUAGACUUAGCGGAGAUAGCUCUGGCCGACCUGAACAAAACGUCACCCAACUUCACUUUAGACGAAUUCAAGGUUAUCGACUUUGCGACCCUCAUGGUUUAUAGGAAGAAGAUUGAACAAGCAUUUGAGCUGAUAAAUGAACAGUCGAAGAAAAGGCGUAUAGUCGGCGGACGCAGCAUCGCAAUGAAUUGCUGGCGGCUGUUAGACGCGACGGCGGCGCACGGAACACAUUUGGAGACCAUCAAAAUGUUCGAUAUGCUCACCAGUUUGCGGUAUUGUAAGCCGUCAAAUGUACUGUUAGGACCGCUGAUACGGGUGCAUUUGAAAAAUGACAACCUCCAAGAAGCAGUGAACGAAUUCGUCCGUCUAGCGAGCAAAUACUCCAAAACGCCUCUCAAACACGAACUGCUAUCCCAAAUAAUGGCCAAAAUGUGCGAAGGGCACUCGGAAGAGAAGUUCCUUGUGAACGAAAAGUCAAACGGACGCUUCAACAAAAUGGCGCAGACUGUUCUGAACAUUGAUAAGAAAGUCCACGGGGCUAGUGAUGUGCAGCUCACCCUAAUAGCAGCGUUAGCCGAAGUGGGCUACAAGAAGACUCUCCGCAAGCUAUUCCUAGACCCGUCCGUCACGUUUCACCCGGACGCACUAUUGCGCCGAUGCGAACGAUUCGCGGACGAACGCAAGGUGAAGCCGCUCGAGACGAUAGCCGAAUGUGCGAACGGCGUUAGACGCGUGCCCGUGCAAGAGGUUUAUGACCUGAUGUUGGAUGUUUAUCGUAAGUAA